GGGAGCGUCCGUUCUGCGGUUUGAGAUGCAGAGAGCCCCCAGGACGACUCUCCCCCGAGGCAGCGCGUGCCAGCAGCGCACCUGGGAGAAAGCCUACCAGCAUCACAGGAGAAGGGUCCAGGACGCCCAGCCCCUCGUGGACGCUCGCACCCCACUGAGCCUCAGCCACCUCCACCUGAAACUCAAGAAGCUGAAGCUGGAGGAGGAGCGGCUCGCCGUCAUCGACAGGGACAACCGCUUGCUCCUGGAGAAGGUGGCCUGCAUCAUGAGGACCAGAGGACAGACUGAGAACAGAAACAACUACAUACUGAAGAGGAAAGGGAAGAAGGAGGGAAAAGAGGAAGCAGAAGUGAUCUCGAGAGGUAUCAGCCAGUCAGAGACCUACAGGAAGUCCCCGAGCUUGAACAAGGGAGCCAGACAGAGCCAGACUUCAGGAAACAUGAAAGGGACGUGAGGGGCCAAAGGUGGCCUGUGAACCGACUCACCUCCUCCCACGCCAGGAAAUUAUUUUGGCCGGCUUUGCAAGUCGCAUACCACCGCCUCAUCUUGCUUGCAUUUUAAACCAGUAGAAGACCUCCUUGUCCCUUCCCUGCAUAUUUCUUGUUGUUCGGCUCUGGCCCAUAUGCUGAGGACAAAGGGUGGUUGCUUUGCAUGUUCAAACUCAAAGUGAAUUCAGCUUCUCGCAGCUCUGACAUUUGGAGUGUUGAAGUAGGAGGCACCAAGCUAAUUCAGCUCAUGACCCUUUACAAAGUAAUGGUAGAAAUGGUGUGUCUUCUCGUGAUUGGUUUGAUGG